AUGGUGGCCAAGAUCUACUUUGAUCCGCCUCUCUGGCUGCAGAGACAGUCGUGGGUGCUGGGCAAGCUCAGACAGGAGCGAUCCGACUCGGUCGUCGACGUCGGCUGCUCCAAUGGCGUGCUGCUCUCGGCUCUGAUGCAGCCUGCUUUCCAGCUUGAUCAGUUUCCCAUCCAGCGCUUCCCAGCCCUCAUCCGCCCCAGCAAGCCUUCGCGCAAAGAAGGUGCAGACGAUGUGAUCAGCGAUGCCCUUCUCUCCUCACGCCACUGGAUCUACAGUCCCAACGAUAUCGUCCUCUCUCGUUUGAUCGGGAUCGACGUCGAACGUAAGGUGCUUGAGAAUGCCAAGGCCAGUCUCUCGGCUCACGGUCUCGCUCUGGCCAAGAACCGCCCUCGCUGGAAGUCGCUCGACGUGCGCCUCUUCCAAGGACCCGUCGAGACCGAAAACGAAACGCUCGACGACUACGACGCUUUUGUCGCAACCGAGAUCAUUGAGCAUCUCGACGAGCCCGCCCUCCAGCAGUUCGCUCCCACCGUGUUUGGCAAAUACCGCCCUCGCAUCGUCCUUGUCACGACUCCCAACUAUUGCUUCAACGACAACUUUGGCCAAGACCUCAAGACCCGCCCUGGCUUCCCCGAUCCCACCGGACGCACCGACCGAGUCUUCCGACACGAGGACCACAAGUUCGAAUUCACCCCUGCAGAAUUCAAGCAGUGGUGCGAUACCAUCGCAGACGACUUUGGCUACGAGGUUCACAUCGAAGGCGUAGGCUCCGGCAUCUACAGGGUGCCCAAAGAUCAGAUGGAUCCUCCCGUGCCUGCCGAGCAAGGCGCAAAGAUCUGGCACGCCUCGCGACCUCGCACCAACUCUCAUGCCGACGAAAAGCUUCGCUACGCAACGCAGAGCGCGUUCUUCGUCCGUCAUUCCGCCAACGACAUCGCGGCUGGGCGCCGUCAGCAAAAUGACGACAGUGCCCACAAUGGCUCUUCGCACCCCUUCUCGGACCGUUUCCUGCAGUCACGCUCCGUCCCCAAGCCACCCGUCGAGACUCGUGUGCACGACAUCUUUGACGAAGCCAUCAGCCGCGAGGGGGACGAGAACGAAGAGGACGGCGGCGAGCGUGGCAGAUCCGGUCGACGUGCUCGCAGUCGACGCACCGAAAACCUGCCCUUCCUCAGCAUUCCUUCUCCACAGACGCCCGUGCUGUCUUCUCUAUCCACUGUCCCAAAUCCGAUCGUGGCUGACUUGCCUCAAAGCAGCGCUCCUCCUACCCCAUUCACUGGCCACCAGCUGGUCUGGAGCCACCGCUACGAUUGCUCCCUUCCUAGCGCGCAAGUGGCCGAAGCUUCCAAGCGCAAGAUCCAGACGGCCGAGCCGCUGUCGGCGGACGAGAUUUUGGUCACCACGGUGGAGAAGCAGCGUCAGUUGUACGUGCGUGGGCAGUGGCACGGCGACGACGGCGCCUCCUCCGAAGCUGGCAUCGGCAAAGAAGCUGUAGCCAAGCUGUGGGAUGUGUGGAGCGACGACGAAGUGCGAGCCGCCUGCGGUGGUCGUGUCGCCGUUCUGCUGGAUGCCCUGCGACUCGUAGCUGCAGAGAGCGAAGCUGUGCAGGCCACAGCCGUCGCCAGUGGUCUCCCUACUAGUCCUCACUCGAGUGCAGCCGACCGACAGAGCACCGUCGUCGGCUCGGACGGCACGCACUGGGACCUGCGCGUCCAGACUGUCCGCCACAACAACGUCUCGAACACCGCCAGCUCGCCCGCACACGACUUUGUCGAGUCGGACCUCUUCCUCGUCUACACGCAUCCGGACGUGGCACGCUGGCAGGCCUCGAUCGACGAGGCGCGCAAGUGGGUCCCCCACGACAUGGCGGCGUCAUCGCGUUGGAGCAGCAAUGGUCGCGGUUCCAUCAGCGAUGCUGCAGCCAGCCCGGUCCAACCCAUGAAGAACGCAUCCAGUCUCAAUCCGUCCUGGGACUAG